AUGGAUGUGGUUGGAGUAUCAUCCAGCAGUGAUGUGUACGUAUACUUGUUGCCAUUUACUGUUCGAAAGCAGUUAGCUGCCAUUUUGGAUAUUGAUAACGCAUGGGAAUUGCUAGCGUUUGUAAUGCCAGAUAUCGGGAAUGCAGAUAUACGGGCUUGUCGAAAUGCAGGAUCUUUCGAAAGUCCGACAGAGAAUCUUCUGGCAAUAUGGGGCUCAAAAGGAAACAACGUAACUCAGCUUUACAAUUGUCUUGGUCGAGCAAAACUUGUUCGUGCGAUGAAAGCAAUGCGUCAUUUAG